UGCAUGUGGUCACAUCCUUGUUGCUACCUUCAGCUGAAAGGACAGACUGUGAAGCAGGAAGUGGGAGAAUCCAAUUUGAUUUACAGAAGGGGAAACCCAGACUGUAUUAAGUGCUUCCACUGCCCAGAGGACAGAGUGAAAAGGUAUUAGGAACAGUGAGCCCAUUGAUCCCUGGUGGUUCAAAGUGUUAGGUACCUCUACAGCUGAUUUGGGGACAUAGGUUAAAUUCUGACAUAUUAAAGUGAAUUUUGAAGUCCUACACCAACAUGGAAUAGUGAAAAGCUUUUAGAGAUGGAGUCCAAGUACCUUGGUGGUUAUGGCUCAAGGCGUGUUGCUGUUCAAGAUGUUCAACAGUUCUGUACACAGGGGCGUUAUGAAGCAAUUACCUACACUGAGCUGAAAUUUUAUGAAGGUGUGACAAAUGUUUUAGAAAGGUUGUAAGUCUCUUGCCAUCACAUGUUCUCUCUUUAUUAUAUUCAUUAAUAUAUUAAAUAAAUGCAAAAUUCUCAAAUGACACUGUAUCUUUUCGACUUGGAUGUACUUGAUAGGAGCAAAUUGUAGUAGCCAAUGAUAAAGACUUAGAGUAACCAAGAAUAUCAGCUGCCAACAGCAAGGAUCUAACCAACAAUCAGAAUGUCGACAGGCGUCAAAAACACCUGCUACCUAUCCUGCUAAACUAUCUCUUAGACCAAGGAAUCUGUCCAUAUUCAGAUGUCAUGUACCUGUACUCCUGAUGUUACACUUAACAUUUAAAAAUUUAUCUGAAAGCUGUUUCUCUCCUUGUACUUGGGGGAGUUUCACUGAGUUUGACCCUGAAAGAUGGUCAGUGUGAUGCUAAAUCAUUGAAUAUAGGCUGAAUGAAUAUUUAAGAGCACAAAUAGUUGCAUCUAUAGCGUCCUUAAACAAGUAGGAGACAGUGGUUUGAACUCACUGAAACAUCACAUGAAAACAUCAGUGUUAAUCUGUGGCUCACUGUGUUGACUUGAACAUUGAAUUUUGAAAGUUAGCUUCUCAGUUGAAGAUUGAACAACUUUUGGUAAAAGUGGCUCAUGGUUCACUGUGUUAAAUUGCGUGUUUUAUGGUUGUUGGUUCAAGUCAUGGCCAUCUGGUAACUUUUGAAAACCAGUAUCUUGAUUAAAGACAGAAAUGUUGUGACAAAAUGUUCCUUCAGCAGCAUGGUCCAGUAGCUCAACCUGUUUGGCAACACUGGAAAUUUCUCAGUUUCUUACACUUACACUAUACACACUGUAAUGUCUGCGAAAGGAAAAUCAUUUUAAGUGAAAAUCUGCAUAAAAUGUGCUUCAGAGACCAAGUAUUCUAACUCUAGCUGAACAAUGUGUGCCAACAUGGCCAACGAUGCAGACAAUUUGCAUACUGACAGAAUUUAUGGGUUAAUGAAACAACUACACAUGCAAACAUUUCAUUUAAUUUUCAUUUAUUGAAAUCUGGACUCAGUUACCUAAAUGUUUGCUGCAUGUGCUCCCAUCCUUGUUGCUACCUUCAGGUAAAAGGGCAUAUUGUUAAACAGGAAGUGGGAGAAUCCAAAUAAAUUUAUAGAAGGGGAACCCAGACUGUACUAAGCGGGGAGGAGUACAGGGGGUGUCUGAUGUUGUCUAUUGUGAAUAUUUCAUUACUACAGUAGUAUUGUUUUAACGUUGUUGUCAUUGCUUUUUUUUAUUUCUCUUGUAUGAAAUAUUGUAAGUAUGGAUGAAUUGAGUGAAGACUAACUAGCAGAUAUGAGAGUAAAGUUACUCCAAGAAAACAGUCAUGAUGGCAGGUUUAUUUUUAAACAGGAGCAGCUAGAAAGCAGGGAAACAACAGCUAAUAAAUACCAGUUUAUAUUGUAUAUGUAUCUUUUCCAUAGGUCAUUGUUUUCCAAUGUUAUGAACUUAAUAUCCCUCACUAACUACCAGCAUGUGCUAGCAUAGGUCAGUUUCCACUGUUGUUUGCAAAGUUUCCUUAUGUUCAUAUAAUUACUUUUUUUUUAUUGUGUGAAACCCAAGAACAUCAAUCAUGACCAUAAAUAAUGUCAGGGAGAGAUUUUCCUGCCAUAAUAGUUGAUGUAUGUAAAUAUUGUCUGUAACUUACAUUUUGAAUUCACACUGAACAAUAAAUAUUCAACUUCAGAGAUGAUUCCAGAAUCAGCUUUCAUUAGGGGGCAUAAUUAUUUAAUUAAAAAAUAAAUUUAUUACUCAAAUAAUUCGGCUAUAACACUAUACUUGAGUAUUUAAUCAAGCCUAUAUUUUUCAUACUGUAUGCUGUGUUGUUGUUAUAUCUGCCACUAUGGUAAAUUUUCACAUUGCAGAGCAAUGAAGAUAAAAAUAGGCAACCAAGGAUCUCAGUUUACCGAUAGAGGGCCACGCACACGCAGACCCCAAUGAUGUAACAGCAUCUCCCGUCUUACCAAAGAUGAUCAGGACAGAAAGACGUCUCACUCUUCUCUUGGUACAGUCCUACAGUCUCGUCCAUAUUUAGGGCUGCAACUAAAUACUGAUUAUUGUCGAUUGCUUUUUGUUCUUUAAUUGAUGCAUGAUGUACUCUAUAAAAUGUCAGAAAACAGUGAAAUAUACCCAUAACAUAAUCCAAAAACAUUUAGUUUACGAUGGUAUAAAAAAAGGGAAAUAGCAAAUUCUUACAUUUGAGAAUAUGGAUCAAUAUUUAGUAUCUCUGAAGAUAGGUCCAUUCUUACAAUUGUUGAAUUUUAUCGGCUACUCAGUUAGUUAGGCCUAACUGUCCCAAAUUAGAUUUUUGUUUGAACCAAAUACAUUAAAAAAAAUACACACACUAUAUAAACAGUGUUAAAAUAUUAGAUUCAACGCUGAAAUCGUGAUGAGCCGAGUACUGUAUUUUUUUUUAAUUAUUUUUUUUUUUUAAUUAUUUUUUAUUUUUUUGACAGAGUGAUACAUCUUUCACUUGUAUACGAUCUUUGUUCACACACGCCCAGCCUCAGCACCAGCGCAUCCUUUCUCCACGGGGUUUUUCCCCCUUCCGUCCGCACCAAGAUAACAAGAAACCAUGAAAGGGAUGAGGCCUUCGUGAUAAAUACAAACACUGCUGGACCUCGUUCUUCACCCCCCGGAGCUCGUUUCUCGCGGUCCGUUAUGUCUGUGAGCCUGCUCCCCCUCUCGCCAUGCCCGCUGCUGAACGCCACCUGCCGCCGCCGCUGCUGCUCUUUCUGCCGUCGUUGCUUUUGAUUAUUUCCUGCCUGGAUCAUGGGGCGGUGAGAGCAGCGGAGGAGGAGGGCGGCGGCUUGCCCCCCUCCUCGCCCGGGGACAAUGGCCCCACCGCCGCGGUCGGAGACCAGUCAGCCACCGACCCGACCGCCCCGGGGCGAUUUCUCGGCCCCUCCGCCUUGUCAGCAGAGCCCCAGUUUGCCCUGAAGGUCCUGGUGAGGGACCUGGUGACUCGACAGCCACUGCGGGGGGCUUUGGUGGGUGUUUAUGUGAACCACACACUGAGGAGCUCAGCCCAAACAGGGGAGAGAGGUGAGGUUCUUCUCUCGGUAGCGUACAGUCCAGGAAUCAGUCUGACCCUGGUGGGCAACAUGGAAGGCUACGUCCCCAGCCCCCUGCCCUGGAGCACCACCAAGAGACCAAUUUUCUCUGCUGUGACGCUGCUGCUGCUUCCUCACAGCCAAGGGAACAUCUGGCUGUUUGAAGACUCAGUCCUCAUCACCAGGAAGUUACCAGACAGCUCCUCUCAGCCAAAGGUUAAGUUCCCCAAGAACCUCCUCACAGUCUCUGAUAAGAGCAACAUUUCCUCAGUGACAGCUUACCUGACUGUACCACAGCACCACCUAGCGAAGGACUGUGUCAACUGCACUCCAGGCGUCAUCAUCAACAAAUCAGUGUUCAGAAGCAUCGAGCUGAAGGCGGUGGCAGCCGUCAGCGUGCUGCUGUACUCUGGUGGUGAGGAGCUCCAGGUUCGAGGACCCAUCCAAAUCAGCAUGCCCCUGGGACACAACACCAACUUUCGUGCCUCUGAUACUGUGCCAGCCUGGGCUUUCAACUUAAAGACCGGUGCCUGGGAGAAUCAAGGUCUGGGCAUAGUGAAAGCAGUUGGUGGUGAGCUAGUCUGGACCUACACCGCGUCCCAUCUCGGCUACUGGGUUGCUGCCCCUGUGCCCUCAUCAAAUGGUAAACACAUGCUUCAUGUACCUAUAUUACGUCAUUUAUACACAGUUUGUAGUAUUAAUAAAUAUUGUAUGCCUAUCUAUACAUUUAACCAUUUAGAUUACCUGGGACAUGGAAGCUCUCUGGAUUUCAUAUCGUACCACACCUACCUGUUGAUAGGAAUACUGGGAGGAACACUGGCUAUAGUGAUUGGAUUUCUUUCUGUGUUGCUGUGUCACUGCGGAGGUUCUCAUCGAGAGCCAAGGAGGAGGAGAGCACGUUUUUCCAAACUGACGGUGGUGAAAAAAGACCAAACCACUUCCACCCACAUGGAAGAAGGUUUGCUGUUCCAUUCUGGCGACAACAGCCUCGCCUCCUGCAGUGUCCAGUGUGAACCCUCAUCCACGCCGAGGCACAAAGCCAACUAUAACAUCUACGUGGAGGACCCAGGUAGUCGCCCCGCGGCUUCUCUUUAUGAGAAUAUCACUCUGGAUCGGAUCAAAGGUCCCCAGCAGCAUUCUCACUACAUCAACAGUGAAGAGGUGGCUCGGAUUCGGGAGAAGUCAGAACAGAACCGGGCCAACAUCAACUCUGACAACUUCUUUCAAGAUAAGCUGGUUCAUAUCUACAACCAGCCAGUGGCCAUUAUUCAGGCCCCGGAGCUUUUCAGUGCUCAGGAGCAGCAACUGUCAGGCUGCAAAUCUGCUACUUUCCCCCGCAAUGGAGUUGAGUAUGACGCUCACACAGAGCCUGCGAGUAAAGACAGCUACACCCAGACACUACCCAAAGUCCCUCACCACCACUCCCAAGGUAGAAGCAGCCCUCAGCAGAGCAACCAAGAUGAGCCCCAGCCUCUGGAGACUCCUCCCCAAGGCCAAGGCCCUAACGCUGCUGUGUGGGGAUGCUACAGUAACCUCCUUGAAUCCUCUGUCUCUGUGCCUGGGACUCUCAAUGAGGCAGCUGGUAUGCAGGCCUUCAGCAGUGUGCAUGGCGUGCCCAGCGAGCUGCAGGGGAUCUCAGAGCGUACCUUGCUAGAGCUGACCCGGGGCAAGUCCUCGUCAUCUCACCCCAGGGCCUGGUUUGUCUCUUUAGAUGGGAAGCCUGCUGCCCAGGUUCGUCACUCCAUCAUUGAACUGCAGAGCCGCCACCGCCCGCCUAGCAGCAACGACACCAGCCUGGACUCAGGGGUGGACAUGAACGAGCCUCUGCAGAACAUCCGCGAGGCAGAGCGCGACAGGCCUUCCAUCAGGGCCUCUUCCCUGCCGCACCACAGCAGAGGGGGGCGGUACGGUGAAGAACAGGACCUGAGCAGUAGCGAGAGUGGCACCACUGCCACCUGUACGCCAGAGGACCCUUCCCUGAGGAACAUUUUAGAUGGGAGCAGUGGGGCUAUUCCCAAUAUUCCUGAGGAGCGAGACGGGAUGGAUACAUCAAGCGCUCAGGAGGACAGCGAGUCCAGAGGGACGCCACCUCCAAGGCGCCUAAGGAAGGUGAGGGAGAAGGGGAAAACGGAAAAGAGGAGUGCUAAGCACGUCCGCGAGGGGAGACCUCUGACCAAGCGAAGUUAGAGCAUGGCUCACUGAAGCAUUUUGAUUUGCAUCGUUUCUUAAUUUAAAUGUCCCAUUAACCAUCUAACACACGCUGAGCUUUCCUCAUCACAUAGUGUCAUCAGUGCUGAGUGAUCCAAAUUCGUUUGUACUUGUGCUCACACAGGCAUUGUUGUUCUUGAGUUAUGUGAUUGUACAACUUUGCCAAAGAAUGCAUAAGUUUGCGCACCAUGUUCACUCAUUCUCCCAAAUCUGAAGAUCACCAGCGGGAUUCUUCACAGCAAAAUGUCCGUGUGAACACGAUAUCCCACAGUCCCCAGUAUUGGCAUUAUACAGGGUGCCUUCUUUCUGCCUGUAAUAAUUAAUUAUGAUUAUGUAAGGCACAGUAUUUGUCUAUAUUUAGUAAAAAUCUGGUGAGUUUGCAGGAGGGACAUAGAUACAGGUUUAUGUGUAGUGCACUUAUCCUCACCAUAAAUGCCUGCUGUAAAUUAAAUAAGACACAAAAGCUUUCCCGGUUUGCAAUGCUGACAUCUCGUUUUGAUCGUACUGCCUCAUUUUACUUAAAAAGAGACUCUGGGGUUUUACGAAAAAAGACUCUUGUUUUGUCAUUUGAAUCAGUCAAACAAAUUCAUGUUUUUAACUCAUGCCAUGAAAUGCUUCUUCAUAUCAGAUUUUUGGAGUAAAAGAAUUUAGCUUCAACUUUCCACCCGUAACUGACUCCAAUCAUGGAUCCUGUUGCAUUUUGGAGUAAAACACUUAUGUACAUUGUAAAGCUAAGCUGCCAUCUUGAAUUUAUCACACCUGAUAUUCAAGGUUUUAAGCCUUCUGUUAUUUUAGAAUGCAUGAAACUGAACGUUUUCUUGUGUGUAUGAAAAUAUUUUACAUUUUACUGUAGAGCUAACAUUACGUCCUCGUAGCUGUUAGAAUUUGGUGAUUGAAUGAUUCAUUUCACUGUCUCAUUUCGCAAGGAGUCUCUGUGUUGUGCUGCUGGGUAACUAUUACAACAAUAAUACUUCUACACUAUGAUAAUGGGUGUCACAAUGUAAGAAUCACACCAAAAUAUCCCAAGAAAUACCAUUUUUAGCCACAUCCCUGGAUACCACUAGAGUUGGCUAAGACUAAGCACUAAAACAUGGCAUGGUUUGUUUUGUGGGAUUCAUUAGUGUAAAUGGAGAGUGUCUGACCAAUCAGAUCACCUGUCUGAAACAACCCAAGGUAGAACAAACUACUGUUCGCAGCCUGAAAAAAAAAAACUGCACAGCUUUCAGUUAACCAUUUUUUCAUAUUAGGUAAAGGUUAACAAUUUGCAAUGUUAAGUUAAGCAGCCCAAAUCCCUUUGUCUCACAUCAUGCAGUACUUAGCCCCCCCAAAUUGUGCAUUAUUAUUAUAUUUUACUUCAUUUUUAUAACUGGAAACCUUGUCAUGUACAGUAUUUAACAAUUUUCUUGACUUUAGUUUAAGUUUGGUGCCUCUGAGACUUGCUUUUAUCACUUGUAUACCCAAAUUGUAAUACUGAUAUGACAAAAAAUAUAUUUAAAUACUGAUCAGCUUGACUAGGGGAUGACUUUUUGUUUUUAGACAUAAGAUUGAAGGAGAUGAAGAUGGUUUUAAAUAAAAGAGUGGUCAUUGGGGAGGGUAAAUGUGGGUCUGUUGGUUUACCACUUUGGUCCAGACUGCGCCACCAUGAGGUUGAAAUUUGUGGUUUUGAUUCAAAUAUUUCAACAGCUAUUGAAUGCAUUGUUAUAAAUUUGCUAGACGCAUUCAUGCCCCCCCUCCCCCCAGAUGAAUUGUAACCACUUUAGUGAACCUUUAAUAUAGCUAACCAUUAAGUCAAAAUUACAAUUUUUUAUUUCUGACCAAAUACUUACAAAACGAAUGACAUUCCCACCAGCCUUAGCCGUAGUUUGUGUUUAGUGCUAAUUAGCUAAUGUUAGCAUGCUAACAUGCUGUACUAAGAAUAAGACGGUGAACAUGAUAAACAUUAUACCAUCUGGACAUCAGCAUGUGAGCAUUGUCACUGUGAGCAUGUUAUAUGCUGCUGUUAGCAUUUAGCUCAAAGCACCGCUGUGCCUAAAUACAGCCUCACAGAGCUGCUAGCAUGGCUGUAGAGUCUUUGUCUAGUUUGGGAGUAACCAAUUUUCAACAAAUAUGUAUAUGGAAAAGUAUUUUCCUUUCAAAAUGUCAAACAACAAGGUCACAUGUAUGCCUGCCUUUCAUAUCUGUCCUGUACUAAUUGACAUAGCAGCUGCUGAAUCAAAUAACGCACACCACACUUUAAUAUGUGCCCAUUUGUUACAUUGGCGCGCAGCAUCUUCAGAAACAUUUUCAGUGUGUAAAUAGGCUACUUCAUCAAUGGCAACAAUACAAUCCAUUGCCCGUCCAUGAUAAAGUUUGGCAAAACACACACCACAAAUAACAGAAAAGAUUCAGCAAUAUUUACUGUAAAAUUUAAAUUUAAAAUGAAACUUUGCAGCAACAGUUUUGCUAUAUUUAGUCUUCCGUCAUAGUACCACUGUUAAACCUUUUCACCGAGUUCACUUCGAAGCUCUAUUUUGUACAUUCAUGUGUUCUUUUUGUGUGUAUAUAGUCAAGCAGCGUUCUAUGUAUUAUGUGACCGUGAUUUAAUUUAUUUAGUGCUGUUUUUCUUUCAUCUAAAAGGUCUGAGAGGUGCAUCAGUGUGUCUCACUGAAUGACUGAAUGACAAGGUUUUCAAGCAACUGUUGUGAGAUGUGUGAUCGAUAUUAAAUCUUUUUACGUUUAGCCUAAAGAGUGCGUGUCUUUUCAAGGGAGUGCACAAAAACCUGAGCUUUGUCAUUUUAAAUGUAGCAACAAGUUGAGCACUUAAUCAUUCAGUAUGCUUACAAAUGAAUGCUAGUCAUCGGCUUUAAAAUACAGUAUAUCCCUGCUAAAACAGCAACAUGUGGAGUAGUUUGUGAACUCUUUGUGCUGACAGUUCUUGACAAGCAAAACAAACCUACUGCCACUCCUGUUUUUAAGUGAUCUCGCUGAAUGUAUUUGUACUGAUUUUAAUGUGUUCUAUAGUGUGCUCCUCUUGUGUCUAGCCAUUGAACCUUAUGGGCUUUUGUUUCCUCCAAAAUGGGCACCUCUUGUGUUUACCUCUGUAAUUAUGGUAGUGUUAUUAGU